UCUGUGCGGACCUGAGCAGGACUCUUCUGGGACUCGGUGCGGACCUGAGCAGGACUCUUCUGGGACUCGGCGAGGACUGGUUCAGGACCAGGAUGAGGUCUAACGUGGAUCUGACGUUGGUGUUUUUGCUCCUGAGUCUGGGCUCGGUCCUGGGUCAGAACACAGGUUCUGGGAGUCAGCGUCUUCCUCAGUGGCUCACUGGGAUCAUCGCGGUCGUCGGGUUCCUCUUCCUCACCUUCGUGGUUUUCCUCGUCAAAAGAGCCUGGUGUGAAAAACCUAAAGGGAACAUCGUGAACGUGGAAUCGGCCAAACCCAACGAUUACGUCUACGCCAAGAACUUCCAACGGGAGGAGGAGGAGAUGAAUACCUACAUAAAUUCGGCUCUGGACAAAAAUGAGGAAACGAUCACGGCCAUGUGACCUGAACGCAGCGCUGUGAUUGGACGAGGCGGCUCCGGCUCCGCCCCCUCAGCCCCGAGUGACACUUUUACAUUUCCAUGUUUCACCUCAUGACACAGAGUUUAUCUGAAGCCCUCACACCCCCUGAAACAAACAAACAAACAAACAAACAAACAAACAAACCCUCCUGAAACAAACAAACAAACCCUCCUGAAACAAACAAACAAACCCUCCUGAAACAAACAAACAAACAAACAAACACUCCUGAAACAAACAAACAACAAACCCUCCUGAAACAAACAAACAAACAAACAAACAAUCCCUCCUGAAACAAACAAACAAACAAAC